AUGUCAUCUACAGCUAACACUGUCUACGGUGGUGAUGAAAUCAAUGCUAUUGUGCUAGACAUUGGGUCUUUCAACAUUCGUAUAGGCUAUGCCGGUGACGAUUUUCCAAAGAUCAUAACACCGUCCUCCUACGGGCAAUUAUCAAGUGGUGCCAAAGUGUUUGGAGAGAGCAUCAAUGUGCCACGCAAGGAAGCGUUUGAAAUUAAGCCAAUAGUUGAAGACUCGUUAAUUGUUGACUGGGAUGCUGCAUUUGAGUUGUUUGCAAAUUCCUUCAAGCAAUUAAAGAUUAUAGAAAAGGAACAACCAAUCUUAAUCACCGAACCUGUAUGGAGCACCAAUGAGUAUAGGACGAAAUUGAUUGGUUUGAUUUAUGAGAAGUUUGAAUUCCCUGGUUUGUAUUUGGCAAAAGUACCGUCGUGCGUAAGUUUUCAACAGGGCAGGGCUAAUUGUUUAGUUGUUGAUUUGGGACAUGAAAGUAUCAGCGUGACUCCAGUUGUUGACGGAAUCUGUUUGAUUAAGAGCUCAUUGAAGGUUCCGUACGCUGGUAAGUUUUUGAACCUGAUCAUUGAGGAUUAUAUAACUAAAGAAGGAAUCGUCGUUGAGCCUAGUGUUUUCAUCAAGAGCAAAACGGCAACUUCUUUUCCCGAGGAUAAGGAAGCGAAGUUUGAAUUGAAGGACAACGCAUCGAGUGUGAGUGAUCUGUUCAAGCAGUAUCAAAUUGCAAGAGUAUGGCACGAGUUUAAAGAGUCAAUGUUGGAAGUGCCAUCACAAGAAGCAAAAAAAUUACUUGCAACCGCGUCGUCACCGGAAGCUUCUUCAAACACCACAUCCGAGUUUGCUAAACGAUCAUUUGAAUUACCCACGGGCCAAUCUAUAACGCUUGGACAAGAGCGAUUUGAAAUUGCCGAGACGUUAUUUGAUCCCGGUUUCUACAAAUUUUACAAGCCUUCUUCACAACCACCCCCUUCCAAUGGUGAAAUCCCGGGGAUUGAAUUCAACACCAUCAACGAAUACCGACCAGUGAAGCGCAUUCGCAAGAAUGAAGAUGGUGCCGAUGGAGCUAAUGGGAAAAUUGAAGUACGUGGCGUGGCUCAAUUAGUCACCCAAGUGAUUUCAAUAAUAGAUAUCGACUUGCGUGCAUCGUUGGCUAACAAUAUAAUUGUUACUGGAGGUACGUCAUUAGUGACGUCGCUUACAGAACGAUUGUACCAUGAACUACUGAAUAAUAACCCGGGGUUGAAAGUCAGAUUGCACGCAGUGGGGAACUCGUUAGAGAGAAUUAAUCAGUCUUGGAUCGGUGGAAGUGUAUUGUCAAGUUUGGGCACUUUCCAUCAAAUGUGGGUUAGUGAAAAGGAGUAUAAAGAGGAAGGGUCCGAGAGGGUGUUGAACCAACGGUUUAGAUAG